AUGACUUCCGUCGUAGUGCUGUUGGGCAUCAGAGGAGCUGCUGGCCAGUCCGCCUCUGCCUACACCGAUCCAACGACAGGAAUGACAUUCCAAGCGUUGCAAGACUCUUCGACUGGAUUUGUCUUCGGUAUCGCACUCCCAGAAACCAUCGGCACUGAUUUUAUUGGUCAGAUGGUGUUUUCUUUGACUGACGGAGCAGGAUGGGGAGGUGCUAGCUUGAAUGGUGCCAUGACCGAGAGUCUGCUUCUCGUGGCUUGGCCAAACGGGGAUGAAGUUAUGACAUCCUUCCGAGAAGCGACCGCGUAUUCCACGCCACCUGUUUACAAUGGCAGCGACGUCACACUGUCUACCAUCUCCGACGGCACAUACGUCAACGACACCCACCUCUCGUUGACUUUCCUUUGUGGAGGCUGCAUCACCGGAGAUGACCUCACCUUCUCCAGCACUGACACCAGCGCCGUGCUGGGCUGGGCCUACUCGACCUCGAGCCCUUCAGACGUCACUGAUGAGAGCACGGAUUUGGUGUACCACAGUGCUGGGUACGGAGAGUUUGGGCUCGGGAUCUCUAAUGCUCAGACGUCUGAGUACGAGACUUGGGCGGCGCUUGCUGGUGGGGAUGGUUCUGGAAGCAGCUCGUCUGCAUCUGCGGUUUCUUCCACGGCUAUCGCUUCGUCGUCCACGGCCCAGGUUCCUUCUUCGACGGCCGCUGUAACUUCUACUGCCGUCGCGUCCUCUACUAAGAGUGUCGCUUCGACUGCAUCUGAAGCGUCGUCGCCUUCUGGUGCCGGAGCGUCAUCUUCCGCGACGACGAAAGCAGCUGAUUCAACUUCGGCAGUGGGUACGGCGACCACAACUGCUGACUCGUCGACGAUCACUGAUGCUAAUGUCUGCAUGAACAACUACAAUAGCUGUAUUGCUGCUAGUCAGCCGGACCCGGACUGGGAUGGAUGCGGUGCGACGAAGGAUUCGUGCUUGGCGAAUGCAAAGUACGUCCGGACAAGGAGAUCGGGCAACCUGGGACGUCGGUUGUAG